AUGUCUGCAAUAGUGGAUACCAUCAUAAAGGAGGUACAUCCAGAGGAAGAAGGGGAGGUUGCAUUCCACCCUGAUCUAACAGCUGCAAUAGCAAGACUGGAGGAGCUCAUAUCUCAGGGUAGGAUUGGUGCUCUCUCACGUGAUCUUACUCACCAAGUCAACCGCAUCAUCUCUGAGAGCAACUUGACCCCUCUGGUUCUGACAGUGGCGGCUGGAAAGAGUGCAUCCGAUACAGUCCUUAAGCUGAAGAGGAAUGACAAGACGGUGGGGAAGCCCACAGCUUACAAGCUGGUUCAGCUUUUUGCAGAGGAGUCUGUGAAGCGCCUCUUGCUUCCUAGCCUUGUGCCCUCUACAGCUUCAAUGAGUUUGGCUCAGGGAGUUAGUGUGCCGGCUAGCGUACCUGAAGAUAGGAUUUCAUGUUCUUUUUCUACAUCAGCAUUUAGUGACACAGUCAGCCUGUUUACCAAAGUAAUGGUAAGCCAGGUCAUGGACUCUGUGGUUUCUGAUGCACAAAGCAGAGGGUCAUCUCCAACCGGAACUGUAACUGAUAUAGGCAGUCUACUGAGUGGUAAGUCCUACCCUCUGCCAUCUUUCUCCGCCAUCAGCAUGACAACAAGUGGGACCUCCAAUGCUGCACGAGGCUUUGAGGCCAACAUAGAUGCUGAGGAAAGGGAUACCAUCAGUUGUUUCGGUGUACCUCAGAGCAUUGUUUGUGAUCAGAAUUCAACCAGCCCGGAUGUUGCCUCGCUUUCAACCCCAUCCACUGACAACUUAGUCGGUGAUGAUGACUUCACCGGCCUCAUCAGCAUGUUAGUGGUGAGACUUCUGUCAAAAAUCCAAACCCAAACUGAUCUGUACCCAACUGACGUCACACGCACGUCACAAGACCUGAUUCCAAAAGUUAUAGCUGCCUUCUGUGCAUGGUCAGGCUGCUCUGAGACCCAAGCUUAUCCCAAGAACCUGAAGAGUCACAAAGUAUACAGCACCGUCUACAACCAUCUGUUGAAGGAGUUUGGCUCAGAGAAAAUACUCCAACUGGCCGUGUCGACUCAGGACUCCACAUUCAAUAGGAUUCUUGUGAAGUCAUUGAGAAAGGAGCUUCUCCACAGUUGUAACGAGGCAUCAAGAGCAGCCUCAAGAACAUCUUUCGAAGCCACCAGGCCAGAAGCUCUUCUCAUGGCUAAAGAUGUGAAGGCUACCAGAGGGAAGCUGUCUUUCCUACAAAGGCUUGCCAGACUGAAAUUCAACUUAAAGCCAUUCAUGAUGGGAAACAAGAAGGAUUCCAAGAAGAAUUUGCGCCAUUCUGAAUCCAAAGACCAGACUACUGCUGAAGAUAUCAUGUUGGCACAUCCUGGACUCCCAGAGGGUCUUCCCUCCACCUCUCAACAGGAGAAGCCUCGCAAACGUCCCCUUCUAAUCAGGAUGUUUUCCACCAUCUCCAUAGGCCUAUCCAAGCCAUUCAAACGGUUUUCAAAGCAAGCUUAAUACAACAAUUUCCUUUAAUACAGUAAUAUUUGCAUUGAA